AUGAUAAUCGAUUCUGGUUGUUCAAGGACUUUGGUGCAUGAAAACCUUGUUAGUAAAAAUAGUUUUACUGGUGAAAAUAUUACAGUUAUCACUGCAAAUGGUGAUAGAGUCGAAGUCCCUUUAGCAUGGGUAACCAUAAGUAGUGAACAAGGGAUACAUCGAGAAUUAGUGGGGGUUAUGAGAAAUCUCCCCGUAGAUUGUUUACUUGGGCGUUCGUCCUAUGGCAAGUCUUUAGCCAAGAAAAAUUUGCUUGAUCAUUGCGAGCAAGCUGUCGACUUAAAUAUAGAACCGACAGUGGUGUAUAGUGACAAGAAUAAGUCCGCUUUAGUUGUUACUCGAAGACAAGCAGCGCUUGUGAAAGCUCAAACUAGAUUGGAUAAGUUGACAGAUAAACAAAAUGAAUUAGCUAUUAAGACUCUAAGCCCUAAGGAACCCGCAAAAGAUGAAUUAUCUGAGACUAUCGAAUUAAAUAAUUUAUUUGGUGAAGAUAAUAAUGUUAUAACGGAACCUGAUCCCGAGAAAGUAUGCGUAAAAGAACCGGUUGCAGAUAUAGACUCCUCUGAAAAUGGCUGUCAAUUAGAAACAAAUAUUUUAGACCGUAGUCACUCACAAUUGAUUAAUGAUCAAAAGAAAGAUGUUACUUUACAUAAUUUAACUAUUUUAAAUGUACCACCGGAAGACACAGAUGGUUAUUUCUACUUAAAUGGUAUUAUUAUGCAUAGAAAAUUUACAAAAUACCCGCAUGAUGGAUUGCCCUUUAUUGACAGGGUUGUGGCCCCAGAAGCAUAUAGGCCAGAAAUAUUGAGAGUAGGUCACUCUAUUCCACUUGCAGGGCACAUGGGACAAGAGAAAACAUACGAAAGGAUAUCUCGACAUUUUUUCAUGGCCACACUUAUAUACGGAAGUAAAAGAUUAUUGUGCAACGUGCCCACAAUGUCAAUUAGUGGCCCGAAAAUCAAUUAUGAGUAG